CUUCUAACCUCACUUAUGUUUUCUUCAUUUUAUGGGUUUCAAGUGAAUCAAAACGGAAUUUAAACUUAAAAACUACCAAACAAUAAUAUUUAUUGAAAAUUACACUCGAAUAUUCUUGCUAAUUUACCCCUUUUCAGUGUAGUUUCAAAUCCACAAUGCCCAAAGAACAAUACAGGGAGGCUGAUGUUGCCAGGCAAAUAUCUCACUUGAGUUUCGGUGUGGAAAGUGCCGAGACCAUGCAACAGCAAUCCCACAUCCACGUAGUGGCCAAAAACCUCUACAACCAAGACGUAAGUCGUACUCCUGUGCCUUAUGGAGUACUUGACAGAAGAUUGGGCACAAACGCUAAAGACUCUCCUUGUCAGACUUGCGGCAAAAACUUAAACGAUUGCGUCGGACAUUUUGGCUACAUAGAUUUGGAGCUACCAGUUUUCCAUGUGGGCUAUUUUCGAAGCAUUAUAAACUUGCUACAAAGCAUUUGUAAAAAGUGCGCUCAUGUAUUACUAGAAGAAUCUGAUAAGAACCAAUACAGGCUGAAACUGUCUAAUCCUAACUUGAGUUACAUGACCAAGAAAAGUAUUAGAAAAAAGAUUGUAGACAAGUGCAAAAAAAUUGUCAAAUGUCCAUAUUGUAAAUCGACUAAUGGUUUUGUUAAAAAAAUGACUGCAGCUAAAGGCAGCACAAAUAAUACAGUACUGAAAAUUGUCCAUGAAGUCUAUCGUGUAAAAGACAAAGACAAAUUGAUGGAAAAACUUUCACAGGAAUUUCAUUUAGCUAUUGAAGGCAAUCCCGAAAUUCAAUCAGCUUUAGGCAACAGUGUAUCCCAUAUACUAACACCCAUUGAUGUCUUAAAACUAUUCAAAAGAAUACCCGAAAGUGAUAUUCCAUUACUUGCAAUGGACGCUGAAAAAUCGCAACCAAAAGACCUUAUUUUCACUAGAAUGCUUGUGCCUCCUGUUACCAUACGACCAUCAGUAGUAUCUGACAUUAAGGCAGGCACAAAUGAAGACGACUUAACAAUGAAACAAUCAGAAAUAAUUUUUAUAAAUGACGUAAUUAAAAAACACAAAUUGUCUGGGGCUUCAGUUAACAUGUACCAAGAAGGCUGGGAUUUUUUGCAAUUGCAAACAGCCUUGUAUAUAAACAGUGAACUCUCAGGGGUGCCUAUGAAUAUGAUGCCCAAAAAACCUGGCAGAGGUUUAGUGCAAAGACUCAAAGGCAAACAAGGCCGUUUUCGUGGAAAUCUAUCAGGCAAACGAGUGGAUUUUUCUUCUAGAACUGUAAUUUCACCUGAUCCUAAUUUGGAAAUUGAUCAAGUAGGGGUUCCCGUGCAAAUUGCCAAAAUUCUCACAUUUCCUGAAAGGGUUAUUUAUGCCAACAUUAAUCUUAUGAGACAGUUGAUUGUUAAUGGUCCAGACAAAUGGCCGGGAGCCAAUUAUGUCCAGCAAAAAGGCUCAGCAUUUAAGAAGUUUUUGAGAUAUGGCAACAGAGAGAAGUUAGCGCAAGAAUUACGGUUGGGAGAUUUGGUUGAGCGGCACUUGCACAAUGACGACAUUGUUUUGUUCAACCGACAACCAAGUUUACAUAAGCUUUCCAUAAUGGCUCACAGAGCUAAAGUCCAUCAACAUAGGACUUUAAGAUUCAACGAGUGCGUUUGUAAUCCGUACAAUGCCGAUUUUGAUGGAGAUGAGAUGAAUUUGCACUUGCCGCAAACUGAAGAAGCAAAAGCUGAAGCUUUGAUUCUUAUGGGGAACAAAAGUAAUUUGGUUACUCCAAGGAAUGGGGAGCUAUUGAUUGCAGCUACACAAGAUUUUUUGACCGGAGGUUAUUUGUUGAGUAAAAAGGAUACUUUUUUGGAUUUCGCUCGGGCUUCGCAGCUGGCUGCUACGCUAUUGGCCGGCAGUGAUACUCAUAUGAAUAUUGACUUGCCGCCUCCUUGUAUAGUGAAGCCUCAAAAAUUAUGGUCGGGCAAACAAAUAAUCUCCCUAAUCUUCAAGCCCAACAAGCAAUCAAUCGUGCUGGCCAACUUAGAAGCUAAAGGCAAAGCCUACACGAAAAAUAAAGAAAUGUGCUUCAAAGACUCCUAUGUUUUAAUAAGAAACUCUCAAUUAAUUGCUGGUACAUUGGACAAGGGCCAUUUGGGCAGCGGAGGCAAAGGUGGCAACAUAUUUUACGUAAUCUUAAGAGAUUUUGGCAAAGAAUUUUCCAUUAAAGCAAUGUGGAGACUGGCACGAUUGACUUCAAGCUAUUUGAUGAACUCAGGGUUUUCUAUUGGUAUUGGUGAUGUGACUCCUGGAGAAGAAUUAGUUAAACGUAAAAAUGCCUUAUUAACUGACGGUUAUCAAAAAUGUCAAGAAUACAUUAAGCAAAUGGCUCAAGGCAAGCUGCAAUGUCAACCAGGUUGCAGUGCAGAAGAAACCUUGGAAGCUAUAAUUUUAAAAGAGUUGUCAGUUAUAAGAGAACACGCUGGUCAGGCUUGUGUGGCUGAAUUACAUUCGACCAAUAGUCCACUUAUAAUGGCCUUGUCAGGUUCCAAAGGUUCGUUUAUUAAUAUUUCUCAAAUGAUUGCUUGCGUGGGACAGCAAGCUUUGAAUGGAAAAAGGGUACCUAAUGGGUUCGACAAUAGAUCUUUGCCGCACUUUCAUCAUCAUUCCAAAACUCCAGAAGCCAAAGGAUUUGUGGAAAACAGUUUUUACAGCGGCCUGACCCCUACCGAAUUUUUCUUCCACACAAUGGGUGGUCGUGAAGGUCUCGUCGACACAGCAGUAAAAACAGCUGAAACUGGUUACAUGCAAAGAAGAUUAGUCAAAUCUCUAGAAGAUUUGGUUGUCCACUACGACAAAUCAGUCCGUAACGCCGAAGGCGAUAUAGUUCAAUUAGCUUACGGCUGCGACGGCCUGGAUCCCACUUACAUGGAAGGCAAAGAUUGUCCAGUCGAUUUUGAACGAGUACUGGAACAUGUAAAAGCCAAAUGCCCCUAUAGAAACGAAGUAUCCUUAAACGGCCAUCAAAUAACUCAAGCUACAAAAGCCUUAUUGGAAACUGGGGCCUUAGACGAAUGUAGUGAGGAUUUCAGGAAAGAACUUGUAAAAUUCAUGGAACAAGUAGCUGAAAGAACUGACAAAGUCCUUAAACGUUUCGGUUAUACCAAAGUAGUAAAAGAAAUCGAACGAUUAACCUGUAGCCAAUUGGUAACGUUUUUGGAAACUUGCGGCCUCAAAUACACAAGGUCUAUUAUCGAGCCUGGUACUGCUGUAGGGGCUUUGGCCGCUCAAAGUAUCGGAGAACCUGGUACUCAAAUGACUUUGAAAACUUUUCAUUUUGCUGGAGUGGCUAGUAUGAACAUCACCCAAGGAGUACCGAGGAUUAAGGAGAUUAUUAAUGCGACAAAAACUAUUAGUACUCCUAUAAUAAAUGCCAAUUUGAUUAACAGUGAAGAUUCAUGGUUUGCUAGAGAAGUUAAAGGCCGUAUUGAACGGACAACUUUGGGAGAAAUUUCUACUUUUAUUGAUGAUGUUUAUACUACAGAUGAGGCUUUUCUUUUAAUACAAAUUGAUUAUGAAAGAAUUAAGUUACUAAAACUGGAAGUUGAUGCUGAAAGUAUUCGUUAUAGCAUUGUUAAAACUUCUAAGCUUAAACUAAAACCGGCUGAUGUUUUGGUGGAAAGUGAUACUAUAAUAACUGUACAUCCGAAUAAAAGUCUACACUCUAGGAGGCUUAAUUUUGCUUUGAGUGAGCUCAAAGAUCAGAUUCCAAAUGUCGUUGUAAAGGGUCUGCCUACAGUAAAUAGGGCAGUCAUAGCCCGUGAAGACAAAGCAGGCAAAUCAACUUAUCAUUUAUGCGUCGAAGGUAACAAUUUAAGAGAAGUAAUGGCCACUUACGGUGUUGAUGGUACCAGGACAAUUUCGAAUAACGUAAUAGAAGUUUACAAUACACUAGGUAUAGAAGCUGCAAGAGAAACAAUCAUGACCGAAAUAAAAAUGGUAAUGGAAAAUCACGGUAUGAGCGUGGAUUAUCGGCAUAUAAUGUUGCUUGCAGCUCAAAUGACUCAUACGGGGGAAGUUUUAGGGAUUACCAGGCAAGGAUUGUCCAAAAUGAAACAAUCUGUAUUGAAUUUAGCUUCGUUUGAGAAAACCGCAGAUCAUCUAUUUGAUGCCGCCUACUAUGGACAAACUGACAAAAUUAGUGGAGUUUCGGAAAACAUUAUAAUGGGCAUGCCAGCACCAAUUGGCACAGGAAUUUUCAAGCUAAUGCAUAAACCCCAAAACGUUGACAAAGAACCUGAGCUGGAACCAUUACUUUUUGAAACCGCUAUAGCUAAUAAUUAAGUUUUUUAUUAAUUAAAAAUUACACAUAUAAAUUAUUUUUUUGACUGUACAAGUUCCCUUAAAACAUCAGUGGCUUCUUUAAGGGAGUUUUCCCAGUAAGUCAUUUGAGUUUCUAGGGUUUUGAUUUUCUCGUCGGCCUCAGAUUUUAUUUUUUUGAUUUUUUCUUCCACUAUAGGUUUGGGUGUUAGCACAAACAUCCUGCCUACUGAUUCGUAUGUAUUGAUUGUGUCUUUUAAGGUUGAGAUUUCUCUUCCAGUUAUUACUGCACGUUGCUGAGACCUUUUCAGGUUUUCAAUUUGUACCUUCGAUAUCCUCAGGUUUUGUUCGGUCGCCAGUUUUUUCUCUUGCAAUUCUACAAAGGC